AUAAAAGCUUAUGGCGUUCGGAUUCAAACUCAGUGUCUUAUCAAUAUUUGUAGAUUGCAGCUCAAAUUCAAUUCCUUCAAGUGAUGAUGUUGAAAUAUAUCAUAGUAUUGCUUGUGACAUUUGCAGUUUGCGCAGCAGAGUACAGUUUGUCUCAAAAAAAUAAACUGAAUGAAAAAGGUGAUCAUUGCCACAAGGAGUUAAAUCUACCGCUUUCGGUUGAUUAUAAGCAACGUGCACAAGCUGGAGACGUAACCUCUGACGACUCGACCUAUAAGAAAUAUGUCGCUUGUUAUAUGCGCCAACUGGACAUCGUAGAGGAAAGUGGAAGGAUCAAAUCGCAGAAGUUGGUGGACUUCCUAGCCGAAGGCCGUAAUAGGCAUCUGCUGAAGCAUACGAUUGACACUUGUGCCGAUACCGUGGAAGGGGAGACGGCGGAUGAUUUGGCCUUCAAUUUCCAUGUUUGUUUUUGGACAACGAAGAACUUUGAUAUGUAGAUAAAUUGUGAAAUUAAGUAAGCUUUAUUUGCGAAUACAAAUAGUAAAAGGUAGCCAAUAACUCAAAAAUUCUUCGCCCUAUAAGAUUGUAAUAAAACCAACAAAUUUAUCUAGACUAGAGUAUAGCGGGCUGUCGGUUCAGUUCUAACCGAUUUUCAAUAAUUCAAUAACAAAGGAAAAUAACAAAUCUAAUUCUACAAAAAGUUAAAUUUCUAACUUUACAUAAGAAUGUGACAGAUAGUCUAAA